GAGAGAGAGAGCGGAGAGGAGGAGGGAAAGUAGGAGGAGGCGUCUCCCACUGAGAUGUGAGAGGCUGUCCACCACCUCCUUCCUUCACAGUCAACAGGAAGACUGGAGGCCACAGACGGUGUACGAGAGGAAGACGAAGAAGUCCAAACGAGGCAAAAAACAUGAGCAAGAACCAGAAAGAAGUGAAGAAGAUCCAGUCAGCUUAUCUGCAGAAUGUGGAGAAGCUCAACCAAGGGGCAAAGCAAGAGAAGAAAACCUGGAAGGCAAAAGAAGGAGACUUUGCCACACCAACAGCGAUGGAAAAGCUGCGACAGCCUUCCGCCCUGGUCGCACCGGUGACCAAAAGUUCUGCACACAGAAUCAGCAGAGACCUGACUUGCUCGAUCUGCUUGGACCUCUUCAAGCAGCCCGUCUCUUUGCCCUGCGAUCACACCUUCUGCCAGGGCUGCAUUGUAGGAUACUGGGCUGGACCUCGGGGUCACGGCCAGGGGGUGACGGGCUCCUGCCCCCAGUGCAGGAAGGUGUACCCGGGUCAGAGCUACAGGCCCAACCGAAUCGUGGCCAACAUUGUGGAGAGUUACUGUCAAGGGCUAGAGGAGAGCGGGAAUGGGGGUCGCUUGGUCGACGCUGCCCCGGCAGAGAAGGCGCCCGCCCCGGCCCCGCUUUGCAGUCGCCACAGAGAGGAGCUGAAGCUUUACUGUGAGGAGGACCAGGAGCUGGUUUGUUUGGUGUGCGGACUCUCACAGGAGCACAGGAACCACACCAUGGUGUGUGUCCAAGACGCGGAGCAAAAGUACAGGGCAUCUCUGAACAGCUCCAUGGACUCCCUAAAAGCUGAACUCAAUACGGCGCUUCAGUGUGACAGGGAAGCUGAGGAUGAAGUCAAAAAGCUCAAGGAGCACACGGCCGACCUGAAGCAACGCAUUGAGGCCCAGUUCAGCGACCUGCACCAGUUCCUCUACCAGGAGGAGAAGCUGCUGCAGGUGAAGCUGAAGACAGAGGAACGCCGUGAGCUGAUCCGCCUGGACGAGCACAAAGCCCUGCUGUGUGUGGAGAUCUCCCGCCUGCAGAGAGCCCUCCAAGAGAUAGAGGACAAGCUGAGGGAGCAGGACCCCUUCACUCUGCUGCGGAGCAUCAAAGUAUUGCUGCAGAGGCCGUCGCUGAAGUUUGAGAAGCCAGCUUUUACGCCUCCCAGUCUGUGUGAAGGACGCUUUGCGGGGCCCCUGCAGUACAGAGUGUGGAAGUCCAUGAAAAGCAGUAUUUACCCAGUCCCAGCAGCCAUCACGUUCAACUCCAGCACAGCCAACCCUUGGCUGAGCCUGACCUCCUCACUGACCUGCGUACGCUACCAGACCUUCAACCAUGCUGUGGAGGACAACCCAUACAGGUUCAACGCCGCCCUGUCGCUGCUCGGGAGCCAGGGUUUCACCCACGGGCGCCACUACUGGGAGAUCGAGGUCUACAGUAGCACUGUCUGGACUGUGGGUGUAGCAAGGGAGUCAGUUCCCAGAAAGGGGGUCAUCAAAGCUCUUCCGGCUAACGGCUUCUGGACCCUCUCACUUUCUUACGGGAUACAGUAUAUGGCAGGCACAUCCCCGCCGACUGUUCUGUCCUUGGAGGAGCCGCUGGCCAGGAUCGGGGUGUACCUGGACUACAAGAGAGGCCUGGUGUCCUUUUACAAUGCAGAAACCAUGACACACCUGUACACCUUCAGGGAGAGCUUCAUUGAGACGCUCUACCCUUACUUCAACUUGGGAUUUUUGGAUAAAGUGCAUGAGAAUGAGCCUCUUAAAGUUUUCUUGCCAAAGAUUUAACAAAAUGUGAAGAAAACGGUCUUUUGUACAGAAUGUAGAUUUACUGUAGAUUGAUUUGUAAAGCCAGUAGACUGGAUCUGCGGCCGCAUUAUUUUCAAUAAGUCUAAUAAAAGUUUUUCAUCUUCAAAAAGUGAGUUCAUUUAGACUACACAUAUACACGUAAUAAAUAGUUCAUUGAAUGCACCUCGAGAAUGAGGAAGUGUUGUUCCCAGGACGAACGCAUAGACUUUUUUGCGGGUUUGAGAUAAAUACAGUCAUGCCCAUAAGUAUUGGCAUCCCAAAGAUGCCAAUGUUUUUAACCAUGCCUGUAUGGAAUACCACCAAAUCAGCCUAAUUUAUACAGCUAUGGCCAAAAACACUGGCAUCUUUGACAUGCCAAUAUUUAGGUCAUUGUAUGUAGUUUUGUAAUUGCAUUGCUGUUGAUGUGUCCAGGUCAGAAUAAAGGUACAAAAGAGUGUCAGACUGUGUGACUCUGUGGGGACGCUACACUGUGCCUCCAUCUUCCGUCAUAACAGAGAGGUGUAGUCAAUGAUGCGCAAAUACGUUAAUUUAGCUAAAAAUGUUCAUGUAAUUAAUGCAAUGAAAUUGUCACCACCGUUAAGGUGUUAUUUUUGACUGCCCUCCCAAAAAUACUUCAUUAAGUAAUGGUGGCACUGUCAGGUUGUGCUACAGUUAAUCAUGAAAGUGUGGUCCGUGUCAGUAUGAACACUGACUGAUGUUGAUGCGCAUACAUUGAAAACGGUGGAAAAUGCUGUGUGUUAUGUGUACAAUGCAGGGAUUUGUAUUGGACUGCAAGUAAACACCUCUG